GGCAUCAGGUGGCGCAACUGUUUCACAGCAAUAAACCAAAGGAGGAAGAAGCACAGCAGCGGUUUCUGCUUGAACUCAUCAUCAGUGUGUGUGGUUUUACCUGAGAUUAUUAAUCAUGGACAUACGACCGAAUCACACCAUCUAUUUAAACAAUGUUAACGAUAAGAUCAAGAAAGAAGAGCUGAAGAGAUCCCUGUACGCCUUAUUCUCGCAGUUCGGCCAGAUUCUGGACAUUGUUGCGAUGAAGACCAUGAAGAUGAGGGGUCAGGCGUUUGUUAUCUUCAGAGAGCUCGCAGCAGCCACCAAUGCACUCAGACAGCUUCAGGGCUUCCCUUUCUACAACAAACCCAUGCGAAUCCAGUAUGCAAAAACAGACUCCGAUCUGAUCUCUAAGAUGAGAGGCACGUAUGGAGAUAAAGAAAAGAAGAAAGAGAAGAAAAAGAAAGCUCAGGAACAGGCUGCCAAUGUCAGCAACAAACCAGCGGGAGCUGUAAACGCACAACCGCCUCCACCUGCAACAGUCCAGGUCCCUGAUAACCCUCCAAAUUAUAUUCUGUUCCUGAAUAAUCUCCCAGAAGAAACCAAUGCAAUGAUGCUCUCCAUGUUAUUCAACCAGUUUCCAGGGUUUAAAGAAGUGCGCCUGGUUCCUGGAAAGCAUGACAUUGCGUUUGUGGAGUUUGAGAGCGAGGCUCAAGCUGGAGUUGCGAAAGAUGCGCUGCAGGGAUUCAGAAUCACAGCCACAUGUGCCAUGAAAAUCACAUAUGCUAAAAAGUGACCUGGCUCACACUUACUGGACUGUAAAUGAGGCUUUGAUCAGUGGAUCCUCACGUCUGAUUUGUGUUUGUCUUCACAAACAAUAAUUUUUUUUUAUACUUUAAUUUAUUUUUUACAUGUUUGUUCAGUGACUGUUUAGUAUUGUUUUUCCUUUUCUUUUUUUGGGGGGAGAUUAUUUGGUCACUGAUGACUUUGUGAUAUUCCAGGAUGGGUCUUUAUUUUGUACUAUGGACUAAUAAAUUUAGCAUCUAAAAUAAAUGUCCCAUAUUUUUGACAUUUUAGCUUUCUGCUUGACAGUUGAUAGUUCCCAAAA